CCGUCCCUCCCACACAUGGCACCACACCAUUACUACAAUACAAAGCAGCAUCAGCAUCAGCAUCAGCUGUUUGUUCCCUGCGAUCUUCUCCGCAAACGUACAGCCGAAACGUCGUUUAGCCACUGGUGAGCUAGGUAGAGCUACUCGGCGACCGAUGGCGGCGGCGACGAUGACGGUGGAGGAGGUGAGGAGGGCGCAGCGGGCGGAGGGACCGGCGACGGUGCUGGCCAUUGGGACGGCCACGCCGGCCAACUGCGUGUACCAGGCCGACUAUCCGGACUACUACUUCAAGAUGACCAAGAGCGACCACCUCGCCGACCUCAAGGAGAAGUUCAAGAGGAUGUGCGACAAGUCGCAGAUCCGGAAGCGGUACAUGCACCUGACGGAGGAGAUCCUGGAGGAGAACCCCAACAUGUGCGCCUACAUGGCGCCCUCCCUGGACGCCCGCCAGGACAUCGUGGUGGUGGAGGUCCCCAAGCUGGGGAAGGCGGCGGCGCAGAAGGCCAUCAAGGAGUGGGGCCAGCCGCGGUCCAGGAUCACCCACCUCGUCUUCUGCACCACCUCGGGCGUCGACAUGCCGGGCGCCGACUACCAGCUCACCAAGAUGCUGGGCCUCCGCCCCUCCGUCAAGCGCCUCAUGAUGUACCAGCAAGGUUGCUUCGCGGGCGGCACGGUCCUCCGGCUUGCCAAGGACUUGGCCGAGAACAACCGUGGAGCGCGUGUUCUCGUGGUGUGUUCCGAGAUCACAGCAGUGACUUUCCGUGGCCCUCACGAGUCGCACCUCGACUCGCUUGUCGGGCAGGCGCUCUUUGGGGACGGCGCUGCGGCCGUGAUCGUUGGAGCGGACCCGGAAGAACAUGUUGAGAGGCCGUUGUUCCAGCUCGUGUCGGCAGCCCAGACGAUCCUGCCGGACUCGGAGGGUGCCAUUGACGGGCACCUCCGGGAGGUCGGGCUGACGUUCCAUCUCCUCAAGGACGUUCCGGGGCUCAUCUCGAAGAACAUCGAGAAGGCGCUGGAGGAGGCGUUCAAGCCGCUGGGGAUCGACGACUGGAACUCGGUGUUCUGGGUGGCGCACCCGGGCGGCCCGGCCAUCCUGGACAUGGUGGAGGCCAAGAUUAACUUGAACAAGGAGCGGAUGAGGGCAACGAGGCACGUGCUGUCCGAGUACGGCAACAUGUCCAGCGCCUGCGUGCUCUUCAUCCUCGACGAGAUGCGCAAGCGCUCCGCCGAGGACGGCCACGCCACCACGGGCGAAGGGAUGGACUGGGGCGUGCUCUUCGGCUUCGGCCCGGGGCUCACCGUCGAGACGGUCGUGCUCCACAGCGUCCCCAUCACCGCCGGCGCUGCCACAGCGUAACAUAUCGGUUCCUCAAAUUCGUCCGGCCGUUUGUCAUCCGUCACGUACGACAAUAACUAUCCUACACUACUACUGGUGUUGCAAGCUGCUGGUGAAGUCGAUUAAAUUUGUAUCGUUAUAGUAUCCUACGUGGGUUUGUACGUGUUGGUAGAGGAUAUAUUCCGUUUUGUUGUUUUGUAUGUGUCGUCGUACGUCCGUGUAAUGGUAGUAGCUAAACCGUAUAGGGUCAAAAGCUGGAUUGUGAGGUGUAUUACCUGUGUACGACAAGAUUGGCUGUUUAAUUUCAAGCUUAUGUGGUGGUGAAGAAAUUAUUUCAGUGUCUUCAGAGA